AUGUCAGAUCUGGAGGAAAUACCGGUUGAUUCAACUGCAGCCUCUAUUGUUUCUGACAAUGUGCCUGGUACCCCUGGUGAUGUAGAUGCUGUCGAUGGCAGCUCAACAGCUGCCAUUAAAAGUGCUGGUUCUGGUCUUAAUGACUCUGCCGAAGAAUCAAAUGAUACCAAUAACUUAGACACAGAGGAAAACAAUGAUAAUGAAGAAGAACAAGAAGAAGAGGAAGAAGAAGAAGACGACGACGAUGAAGACAACGAUGAAGACGCCGAUGAAGACGAUGACGAAGAUGAAGAUGAAGAUGAAGAUGAAGAUGAAGAUGAAGAUGAAGAUGAUGAUGAUGAUGAUGAUGAAGAUGAUGAUGAGGAUGAGGAUGAUGAGGAUGAGGAUGAGGAUGAGGAAGAAGAUGAUGAUGAAGAAGAAGAAGAAACUGAAUCUAAUGAAAGUUUAAGUGUAAAUAAUAACAUUCCUGAUGCUAUGUCCGGGGCCAAAACGGCAAACGUAAAGUCUACAUUUGGUCUGGUAAAGGACACUCUAAAAGAAAUCAUUGAAAAUAAAGAUAUGAAGAAAUCAACCACUAAUUUGAAGAUUGUCGAAAGAACUUACACCAGAAUGGAAGAAGUGUUAGCUCAAUCUAAUAACGAUCCCCAAUAUUUGGAUUCUAUCUUGGUUUUUGAAGCUUUAAGAGCUGCAUGUAGGACAAAUUCUACAAAAAUUCAGUUAAAAGUUCUAGAUUGUUUAUCAAAAUUGUUUUCCUUCAGAUCUUUAGAUGAAGGCAUUUUAGUCAAUCCACCUGAUUGUCAUGCGACAAAUGAUCAAACAGAAGAAGAUAAUGGAAUCACACCACCUCCAAAGCAAAAAUUAAUCGAUGCUGCCAUUGAUACAAUUGCUGACUGCUUCCAAGGUGAAAGUACAGAUGAAAAAAUUGAAUUACAAAUAGUCAGAGCAUUAUCAAGUUGUAUUUUGGUCGAAGAUGCUGAUUCAUUAUGUCAUGGUGCAUCUCUAUUGAAGGCUAUCAGAACAAUUUAUAAUAUCUUCAUUUUCUCAUUGAGUUCAUCAAAUCAAGGUAUUGCUCAGGCAACUUUAAUACAAAUUGUAAGCUCUAUUUUUGAUAAGAUAGAUUUGAGUAAAUUGCCACCAGAAGAGUCAGCCAUAGUCACAGCUACUCUCGCAUCUACUAAAGAUGAACAGACUUCUGAUGAACAAGAAAUUGUCAGUGAAGAACUUAAGAUAGAUGAUGUAUCUGUAUCUCAACCUCCAUUGACCUUAGAAACAAUGGAUAAAAUUAGUCCUGAAAAUGAAGUAAGUGCCGAUAUUCCUGAUGAACAAGAUUCAAUGGAUACUGAUGGAACAACUACCGAACAAGAAUUAGCUAUCAAAGAUGCAUUCCUUGUAUUUAGAGCAAUGGCAAAAAUAUCUGCAAAACCAUUGGAAGCAGAAUUAGAUAUGAGAUCACAUGCUGUAAGAUCUAAAUUGUUAUCUCUUCAUAUUAUUCAUUCCAUUAUCAAAGAUCACAUCGAUGUUUUCCUUUCUCACACUGCAUAUUUACCUGGUAAAAACCGUGUUAAUUUGGUUGAUUCAGUUAGACAGUACCUAUGCCUUUCAUUGGCUAGAAACGCUGCUUCACCAAUUUCUCCAGUUUUUGAAAUUACCUUGGAAAUUAUGUGGCUAUUGAUCUCAAGUUUAAGGGCUGAUUUCAAGAGGGAAAUACCGGUUUUCUUAACUGAAAUUUAUUUCCCUAUUUCUGAAUUAACUACUUCAACUCCACACCAAAAGAGAUAUUUCUUGAAUGUUAUUCAAAGACUGUGUAACGAUCCUAGAACUCUGAUAGAGUUUUAUUUGAAUUAUGACUGUAACCCAGGUAUGCCAAAUAUAAUGGAAUUGAUGAUAGAUUAUUUAACAAAGUUGGCAUUAACAAAGGCAGAAGUAUCCUCAACUCAAAGGGCCCAUUAUCAUGAAAACUCUUCUAAACCUUUGGCAACAUACGAUUUAAGUCAGCUACCUUUGCUUUCUAUUUCCAAUCUUUCGUCUACACCAGAUGUCGCUCAAACCACUACAUCUUUUCCAUUAGAUUAUGCAUUGAAAAUUACAGCAUUGGAUUGUAUAGUAUCUGUUUUGAAAUCUCUAAGUUCGUGGGCGCACAAAGCACUAAAACCGGUCUCCUCCAUUUUGAAUAAUACAGGCUCUCAAAAUAGAAACUCGAUGAUAACCUCUCCACAACAUGAAAGGAAGCCUUCCUCUAUUUUUAAUUCAAAUCAUAGUAUUACUAGUUCUAAUAUUGAUGGAAAUGGGUCGUUUUCUAAUCAAUCUCAAGAUGUCGAUGAUCCAACUCAAUUUGAGAAUUUGAAACAAUUGAAGACCCAACUAUCAGAUUGUAUUGAAAUAUUUAAUAACAAGCCUAAGAAGGCUAUACCCGAACUUGUUAAGAAAGGUUUUAUUCCAGACGACUCUCCAAAAUCAAUUGCAAAAUGGUUUUUAGAGACAGAUGGCUUAGAUUUAGCCAAAGUUGGUGAUUUUAUGGGUGAACACGAUGAAGCCAAUGUUGCUGUAAUGCAUGCAUUUGUUGAUGAAUUUGAUUUUACGGGAUUAUCGAUUGUAGAUGCAUUAAGGGAAUUUUUGCAAAAAUUCAGACUUCCAGGUGAAGGUCAAAAAAUUGACAGAUUCAUGUUGAAAUUUGCAGAAAGAUAUGUUGAUCAAAACCCGCAUGUAUUUUCAAAAGCAGAUACUGCUUAUGUAUUGUCUUAUUCUUUGAUUAUGUUGAACACAGAUUUACAUUCAUCUCAAAUUAAGCACAAAAUGUCUAUUGAAGAAUUUUUAGAAAAUAACGAGGGUAUUGAUAAUGGUAAUGAUCUACCAAAGGAAUUCUUAAUUGGAUUGUUCAAUGAAAUUUCAAAUAACGAAAUUAAGUUAUUAUCAGAACAACAUCAAGCUUUGAUUUCUGAUGAUACUACUUUAGUUCAACAACAACAGCAACAACAAUCAGCCUUUAACUUCUUUAGUUCAAGAGAUUUGGUUAGAGAGGCUUAUAUGCAAGUUUCAAAGGAGAUAUCAUCGAAGACCGAGUCAGUAUUUAAGAAUUUGAGCAAGUCUAAAAAUGGUAAGUCGUUUGAUAUUUAUUAUGCUGCUUCUCAUGUUGAACAUGUUAAAUCUGUUUUUGAAAACUUAUGGAUGUCAUUUUUAGCCGCGUUAACCCCACCAUUCAAGGAAUAUGAUGAUCUUGAAACAACCAAUAAAUGUUUGGAUGGUUUGAAGAUUUCUAUUAAAAUCUCUUCCAUUUUUGGUAUUGAUUAUGCUAAAAAAUCAUUUAUUGGGGCUUUGGUUCAAUUUUGUAACUUACAAAAUCUGGAAGAAAUUAAAAUAAAGAAUGUUAAUGCAAUUAUUGUUUUACUAGAAGAAGCAUUAGCUGAAGGAACUUUUUUUAAAGAAUCUUGGAAAGAUGUCUUAUUAGUAAUUUCACAAGUUGAAAGAUUACAAUUGAUUUCCAAAGGUAUUGAUAGAAAUACUGUCCCUGAUGUUGCUCAGGCAAGAAUCACUGGGCACAGAUCUUCUAUGGAUUCUACUAGGUCUGCUGCUGCUGGUUCAAUUUUCGACAUGUGGUCUAAAAAAGCUACGCCAAUGGAAUUAGCUCAGGAAAAACAUCAUAACCAGAAGUUAUCCCCUGAAAUCUCUAAAUUCAUUUCGUCAAGUGAGUUAGUGGUAUUAAUGGACAAUAUAUUUACAAGAAGUGGAGAUUUACCAGGAGAUGCUAUAGUUGAUUUUAUUAAAGCACUAACAGAUGUUUCAUUAGAAGAAAUUGAGUCAUCACAAGAUGCUUCUACUCCAAGAAUGUUUUCAUUACAAAAGAUGAUUGACGUUUGUUAUUACAACAUGGAUCGUAUUAAAGUCGAAUGGUCUCCAAUUUGGCAAGUUAUGGGUAGUACAUUUAACAAAAUUGCGACAAACCCUAAUUUAGCUGUUGUUUUUUUCGCAAUUGACUCAUUACGUCAGUUAUCUAUGAGAUUUUUAGAUAUCGAGGAAUUAUCAGGUUUUGAAUUCCAACAUGAUUUCUUAAAACCAUUUGAAUAUAUUAUUCAAAAUACUGGUAAUAUUGAUGUACAAGAAAUGAUCAUAGAAUGUUUCCGUAACUUUAUUCUAACAAAGUCUAUGAAGAUCAAAUCUGGUUGGAAACCAAUGUUGGAAUCAUUGCAAUAUACAGCCCAAUCAUCUAAUGAGCGUAUAGUGAUGAAAACAUAUUCUUUAGUAAGUAAUGAUAUUGUUGCAAACCAUUUCGAAAGUGUUUUCUCCCAGGAUGAGGCAUUUGGUGAAUUAAAUAAUGUAUUCAGAGAAAUUUCUAAGAACAAAAGGUUACAGAAAAUGUCUCUUCAUGCUCUUGAAUCAUUGAAGAAGACUACCCAAAAAGUUGCAACUAUCUGUUUCUGUAAACCAGAUGAUCCAAAUUAUGAACAUAAUAAAGCAAUGUUACGUGGUAAGGAUAUUUUCCAAGAUAUAUGGUUCCCUAUGCUAUUUUGUUUCAAUGAUACAAUCAUGACGGCAGAAGACUUAGAAGUAAGAUCUAGAGCUCUAAAUUAUAUGUUUGAUGCUCUUGUUGCUUAUGGUGGGGAAUUUGACGAUGCAUUUUGGGAAAAGAUAUGUACCAAAUUGUUGUUUCCAAUUUUUGGUGUUUUAUCAAAACAUUGGGAAGUCAAUCAAUUCAACAGUCACGAUGAUCUAAGUGUCUGGCUAUCUACUACUUUAAUUCAAGCUUUAAGAAACUUAAUAGCAUUGUUUACACAUUAUUUUGAAUCAUUGAACAAAAUGUUAGAUGGAUUUUUAGGUUUACUGGUAUCAUGUAUUUGUCAAGAAAACGACACAAUUGCAAGAAUUGGUAGAUCUUGUUUACAACAAUUAAUUUUGCAAAAUGUAACUAAAUUCAAAGAUACACACUGGGAUCAAAUUGGUGAAGUAUUUGAUAGACUAUUCGAAUUGACCACUGCUACUGAAUUGUUUGAUUACGAUCCAUUGCAUCAAGGUAGAAAAUCAUCAGUUCCUAAAGUUAAUAAUAAGAAGGAAACUUCUAUCAAGGAAGAUAACGAGUCAGCCAAUGAAAGUAUCGAUGAAACUGUAAAAAGAGCAAAUCAAGAAGAAUCCAGUGAAGAUGUUGGCAAUGACGUCGAUACAUCGAAUCAAGAAAAUCAAGGAAAUGAAGAUCAAGAUAGAAUUAUUUCAGCUUCUCAUGAAGAUAAUGCUAGCCUAAAGAAAUCAGCUACUCAUAAAUCGAGCGAAGAGUUACGUCAAAGAUUAAGUAUCAAGAACUCCAUUGUUAUUAAAUGUGUGUUACAACUGUUAAUGAUUGAACUACUAAGUGAGUUAUUCGAAAAUGAAGAAUUUAUUCACUGCAUUCCUUAUAAACAAUGCAUCAAAGUUACAAGUUUGUUAGAAAAAUCCUACGAUUUUGCUCGUGAUUUCAAUGAGGACUAUGAUUUAAGAACUAGAUUGGUAGAAGCUCGUGUCGUUGAUAAAAUCCCUAACCUGUUGAAACAAGAAACAAGUGCAGCAGCUGUUUUGAUUAACAUCUUAUUCAUGAUGUAUUUGAAUGAUGAUGAGAAAAAACCUGAAUUAAUCAAACGUUUGAUCUCUAUAAGUACUGCCGUAAUCGAAGGCUAUGUCAGCUUAGAUGAUAGAACCAUGGAACGUAGUAUCAAAACAUGGCGUCCUGUUAUUGUUGAAAUUUUACAAGGUUACUAUGAAUUCGAUGAUGAAGAUUUCCGCGUACAUUGCCCUAUCAUGUACGGAUUAGUGAUGCAAAUAUUGGAUAAAAGCGUUCCAACAGAUUUAAGACAAGCAAUCAAAUUAUUUUUAACUAGAGUAGGUGAUCUAUAUCUAUCUUCUAACUAG